AUGGCGUCACUUCCUGCCUCAGGAGUACUGGUGGAAGCGGAAGAGUUCCGUGACUUUGGUGGCUGGAUCUUGGACUCGCAGUUCGACUCGGAGAUGGGAUCGCCAUAUCUCCUCGCUCACGGUAACGGCAAGCCAGUCGCGGAUGCAACAACUACCAUAUCAGCGAAAAAGGGCCAUUACAAUGUUUGGGUUCGAGCCAAGGACUGGGUUCCAGCUCAUCAUCCUGGUCAAUUUACCCUGACUAUCAACGGAAACACGCUCGACACAGUAUUCGGCGCUAAUGGCAAAGAUUGGCACUGGCAGUACGCUGGCACAGUAGAUCUCCUAGGGGAUGACGUGCGACUGGUGCUGCACGAUCUGACGGGAUUUUGCGGCCGUUGCGACGCAAUCUUUCUCAGCAUGGAGGACACAUCGCCGCCCAAUGGAAUAGACGAAGGAUCGCGUGCCUGGCGGAGACGACUACGUGGUAUACCUGAUCAGCCUCACAAUGCAGGGUCAUUCGAUGUUGUUGUCGUUGGAGGAGGCAUACCUGGCUGUACAGCCGCAUUAGCAGCUGCGCGAAUGGGGGAUCGUGUUGCCCUUAUUCAAGAUCGUCCUUACCUCGGCGGCAAUGCCAGCGUAGAGAUCGGGCUCACUCCACGCGGUAUGACCAACUCCAUCGUCCAAGAGCUCUCUCAACGCGACCUCGACGGCGACCUAGUCGCGAAGCAGCUGCUUGAUGCAGAACCCAACGCCACAGCGUUCAUGGAAUACACUGUUUACGAUGCAGCCCUCACCGGUUCGCAGAUAACAUCGGUGAAGGCCCGACAUGCCCGCACUGGAAAGGAGAUUUGCCUUUCAGCUCCAGUCUUCAUUGACUGCUCUGGCAAAGCCAUCCUUGGUAUCUGCACUGGCGCAGAGACCCUUUUUGGUCAGGAGUCCAAGGCGAUGUAUGGCGAAAGCCUUGCGCCUGCAGUAGCUGAUGAGAUGCAUCACGGACACACAGUCUUUUUUCGAACUCGGAUGAGCGACAAACUUGCCCCCUUUCAGUCUGUUCCAUGGGCCACUAAGGCAGCGCUUAUACCCAUAUAA